AAGAGGUCGCGUAUCCGGGAUCCUCCGGUGAGAUCCUUCAGGAUUCACAGUGGGGAAAGGACACAGAAUGAGAGAAAAAAACACAACCGGUUGUUUUUCUGUGAGUGUUGCUGCUGUUUCAGUGCGCGCGGCGGAUCCACGGGUGGAAGUCCCGGCAUCACAUCCUUCAGUGUGAGGAUCUGGUCAGAGUGGGUCAACCUGCCGUGGGUGGUGGGUGCAUCUGAAUCCAACCACACACACACUGAGGAGGACUGGGAGCGCUCUGAACUCUGACUCAAGGCCACAUCUGUCUGGUUCAGUGGAAGAUCCAGACAGAUCGCUGCAGAGGAGGACGGCCACGGUGGGAUCUGAGCCAAUGACCUGUAGGAGGAGUGCGGCGCUGCAGAGGCUUGAUUAAAAUGGGGCUGCAGACCUACGUACCUUCUUGUGUAUCUGAGGGCCUCUCUCUGAGCCCACAGCCAUGCCAGACGUAAAGCCUCCACCACCAUGUGACUACCCUUCCAGCUCCUCUGAUGCCCCCUCUGCCGGCUCCCCCGCUGGCUGUGCCUCCCCCCUCGACCUCAUCAUAAACAUGGAGCCCUGUAUCGCCAACCUCCCCCUGUCCCCUGACCCUCUGUCCCCGUUCCCCUGUAGCAGACCUGGUAUCCACCCCCACCACCAUUACCCCGGCCUUCAGGGGCCUCCCUAUCCCUUCAUGGCCAGGUGUAACAGCAGCACCCUACUAACCAACCUGGGGUUACGGGAUGGCUCCAGCAGGCAGGGGCCCCUGGGGGUGGGAGCAGGACAGGGGCUGGCUCCGGGCUCUUACCUCCACACAGGAAACAACAGUAGCAGCAGACCUUACCGGAGCAUGGAGAACCUGAACUGGAACACUGUGUCUGCCUCUGGCAUGUGUUUGUUUAAUGCUCCGCCUUACAAGAGCAUGGACAGCGAGUUUAUUUUGCGCUACACUUCAACUAGCCACUGGUAUGAUGGGCCUCCUGAUGGAUCAGUGGUGGGGCCCCCUGGACUGAACCCGGAGAGCCUGGCAUUCUACCCUCGACACGGCCUGCAGAGGAAAGACGCACCACCCCUUCCUCUGUGGCUGCUUCCUGGCGGUGUCGACGAAUGGGAUGCCAGGAAGGGUCUUAGGGAGAAGCUCCGCCUCCAGAGUGCAAGAGCAGCAGGUGAACCUUUGAGGUCCCUCCCAUUACGGCCUCAGGUGACCCCCGGUAUUACCUCUUUUGAACAGGAGGGGGCACCUCAUGUGGUGGGUACAGGUAUUGGGUACAGACCACUGUGUACGAUGCGCACCAGCCCUGAGGAGAUCAGGCAGGAGGUCCUGAGGCGCCUACAGCUCCGACGGCAAAGUAGCAGCCCCAACCUGGCUCUCGACAGCUCCCCUUCCAGCCCGACGGUGGUUAAGACAUCCUACACAACAGACAAUAUUGCAAGUAAUAAAAACAAACCGGAAUCUGUGUCUGAGCUCCGAAGACCUCCCCUGGGACGCCUACACAUUCCCACCUUCGAGGAGUUUAAAAAGAUGAGACAAAAAGAGGCCACAGCGGGUCCUGUGGAAUCUGGAAAACCACAGGCCGACCUGAGACGGGAUGCGGGACCAUCAGACGGCUCCACAGGAGGUAACGCAGAAACAGACAAGAAAACAGACAACAGUAUAGGCAUUAGCAGUGAAGGACCACAGACCUCCUCCUCCUCCUCCUCUGUGAGUACGUACUCCCCCAUCCGCACAGGCCCGUCUCCACGUUCACCCCUGCCGCCCCUGGCCAGCUUGGCCUUGGAUAAAAAUGAAGCGAGCAGCAGGCGAAGGAGGAGCAGUCUCGAACCAGCCGGGUCAGUUCCCUUCCCACCUGGCAGAGAGAACUGGGAGCGACCCUCCAGCUGCUGCCCGGCACUCAUCCUGGAGGGCACUGACCUGUCCAAAUAUGGAGCCAAGAUCUACAAGAUGAAGGACGGCCUCAUCGGCUCCGCACUCGACCUGAUUAAGAAGAGCUGCAGUGCAGAGAUCUCCGCCGAGGCCCCCGUCAGGCUGUCAGGUGACCAGGACGGAGGCUGUGGCAUCACCGCCCCUUUGACCGACUGUCAGCCCUCCGCCGUUGCCAUGGCAACGUCGGCAACGGCCUGCGGAGCCGAGGCUGGCAAGGAGACACCUGCAGGAGGAGGAGAAGGAGGAAGAGAGGAAGCAGGAGAAUGCCAGCACGCAGGGCUGGGCUGCAGGCGCUCCAGCUCAGACGCAGCCUAUGAACUGGCUGAGACGGUGAGGGCGCAGCGCGAGUGCCGCCUCCGGCCCCACUACAGCGACCCCAUGCCAGCCGACGCCUCCAAGCGCAAACAGCUGGAGAUGAAGAUCGCUGCUGCCGCCCGAAUCCACAGCCAUCGCAGAGACCGAGACCGAGACCGAGACCGAGACCGAGACAGGGACAGGGACAGUGCUCCUGCAGCAAUCCGUGGUCACUCAGAGCCCCCAGGUGAGGAACGCCAGGCGGGUCUGGGGGUGACCCGUACGGGGCAGCAUCGCUGGAGCACCAUCAGCAGCCUCAGUGCAGACAGUGGGGUGGUGGGCCUCAGUGAUGAGAGGGAGGAGGAGGACAGCGAACCUCGCCGUUACCACCGCAGCAGAGGAGCUGAGGUGGAACGGGUGGACAGCGGCAUCGGUCCGGGCUUGUCACGCAGCUGGAAGAGACCCUCGGCAUCCCUCCGAGCAUGGGAGGCCCAGAGACCCUGUCCCGACUGUGGGAUGAGAGACGGGGCCUCCAAGGAGAGAGGAGAGCGCAUGUGCGAACGCUGCUCCAAGCUGCGUACUGAGCGCAAGGAAGCCAUCCUGGAAUUUUUGAACACUGAGUCGAGCUAUGGUGAGGACCUGCGGAUCAUCAAGGAGGAGUUCUACAACCCCAUGCAGAGUGCCGGGCUGCUGACAGCUGAGCAGCUCACUGUGGUGUUUGGUAACGUUCAGGAGCUGAUAGAUGUCAACGACCGAUUCACUGAACACCUGCAGGACAGCAUCGACCAGGCCUUUGACCAGGGAGAUGAGGAUCUGCUCACAGUCUACAUAGGAGAGAUCUUUCUGGAGUUCGUCAACAUGCUGCCUGCCUUCCAGACCUACUGCCUUCAGCAGUCCACGUCAGUCAAUAUGCUCAACACGCUGGAGAAGGAGAAAGAACUCCUGAGAAUCUUUCUGGACGUUUCCCAGAAUGACAAUACAGCACUGCGUAGAAUGAACUUGCGCUCCUUCCUCAUGGCGCCCCUCCAGAGAGUGACUAAAUACCCUCUUCUGUUGAGCCGCAUCAUAAAGGUCACCUCUGAAUGUCACCCUGACUAUACCCGUCUACGUGAAGCCAAAAGUCGUGUUGAAUCCCACCUCGAACACAUCAACAUGAAGACGAAGCAGGAGGGCAACGGCGUCACUUGGUCCCUCCGCUCCUUUCGUCGUGACAGCCGCAAGAACCGGGAGGUUAUCAAUAUUGAGAUGCGAGAGGUGUCGAUGAAGACAGUGGGCUGGGCGAGGGAAAACACACGCUUUGUUAUGGAGGGCCCACUGCAGCUAUCACAGCCUGCAGAUGGCCAGUGGGUGAAGAAGGGCAGCAAGGCCCUCAAGUUCCAAAAUGUCCAGAGUCUGCUGAUGGUGAGGACACAGCGGUUCAGUGAUGGCCCUGGACAAGGCACCGAUCCAGGAGCUCAGGUGGAGGUCACCGGGGAAAGCGUCCGAGACGGAGUGCUGGUUUUAAUCAAAGACAAGAGCAGUGGAAAGUUUACAGUGCUGAGGGAACCAAUCCGGCUGGGGAACUGUGUGGUGUCCACAGACCCCGACUGCGAGGACACAUUUGAGGUACUCGAUAUUCGGCGGGAGUCCUUUGUUUUCCGUGCUUCAGACAAAUCUCGUACUCAGCAGUGGUUUCAUCAGAUUAAGAGAUAUGCUCGAGAUUUGGGCACCUGGAGGAAAAGACGCAAUGCUUUACCCAAUAUCAUGAUCAACACAAAUCAGACCCGCUCCUGAGACUAGCCAUCUCACGCCUUUGUUACACUGUAAAUAACUUCUACUAGAAAAAAAAUCAAACAACAAGAAGCAUUUCUGAGGAACACCGCUGUUACAGUUUGAUUUCAGCAAAAAGAGCACUUUUUUUUACAAGGCUGUAAGUGCUGUCAGAACCAUGAAGAAUUAACUCUAAGUUGAUACCAUUAAAAAAAGAUCUUGGACAACCAAAAAAAAACAUGGGCUGCAUUUGCUAGCCUUGAUUGUUUAGACUGUUUGCUCUUGAAAAAGAGAGUGUUGUUUGAAAUACUUAUGGUGUGUCUGUUGAAAAGCAUGACUGGACAUGACUGACUGCAACAAGAAUAACUGUAAUGUCAUUUUUUAUACAAAAUGCAGAUGACAGAGGAGGGACCUGUUUGUUUUUGGAGAUGUGGUCAAGAGCUUUGUUUGUGGUUUCUGUUUGUAGUCACUGCCCUCUCCUGUCUGUGUCGUGACCGAGCAACUUUCACUGCCAGAGAUGCAGUUUGAGCAGAGCCUCUGUAACAGGUCCAACACUACUUCUGUACCACUGUGUUAAAAGACAACUCUAGGAACAGCAAUAAUCUCUGCCAGUUUCAACACAAGUAGCUACUGUAUAUGCAUUUCAUUUUUUUCCUCUGUGAUUUUCCUGCCACAGUGCAUACUGUGUUGAUGAGUUACUUGGUGCAGAUUCACCUAAAGGCUUGAACAAAUUCAUAGUUUGUUAGUCGGUGUUAGGACACUGGAUUCAAGGCAGUGGUAUUUCCUUAAAAGUGGUUUGAGAGUCCCUUAAGGGUUUUUCAACUUCUGUGGACUGUGAGAUAACUUCUUUAGCAGACUAAGCAUUUCCUACCAAUUUCUUGUAAUUAAUUCAUGCUGAUUAUUUAUUCAUGUGGAAAAUAACAUUUGGUGAACUUUAACCAAAUGUCAAAAGUAUUAAGAAUUUUUCUGUUUUUUCCCCGUGAAUCAUCUAUAAAAGGUUAAGUAUAUAACAUUUGCCUGGGAAUCUGUACUGUGCUGGGAGCCGGUCACUGGUGACAUUACCUAAUUUAUUUCUAAGCGGUAGCUAGUGUUGCACUGUUACUACUUAAGAAGAGCAGAAGAGAGACAGGGAAGUAUGGGGACAAAGGGAAAUAUGUUGUAAACUGUAGCUGUGUUGAAUAAAUAACACAAGGCUGUCAGAUAACUUUGUAAUGCAAAGGUAUGAUGAAGUUUACCGUUUUACUGUGUCAGUAAGCUAACGUUAACUCACCCAUCAGUCCUUGUGCUUUUGAAGUGCUGCUCUUUGGUCCAAAUAUGGUCACUUCAGGCUCCCAAGGGCCAAGAUAGCAAAGUCCUGCCUUCAAAACAGCAGUUCAGAAACCAACAGGUGGCAUCACGGUACCUCCAUCCAUUCAUAACAUUAAGUCUAUGCUCCCAGCACAGUAUGGACUCCAACAUAAACCUUCUUGAGCAUGUGCAAACCUUGCAUAUUGAACCUUUAAAAUAUUUUUUGCACCAAUACGUGCAGGUUUAAGAUUAUGAAGUAUGGCAUUUAUGACAUAACAAAUGAAGGAUCGAUGAAGAACUAUGUAUGUGAAUUAGAACUAAAACUAUUAAUGGUUGAGAAGCCUGUAUGUUUAGAUACUCCUGAAACACCACCGUCUUUCACUCUGUUGUGACCUAGCAAUGAGCUGUUGUGCCUUGGUACUUGAUUACUGUUAAAAAAAAAAAAAUCCACUGGCUCAAGUAUACACAAGCUGUACCAGUAGCAUUUAUCUGUGACACGUGGACUAGACUGCCCUCUGUUGGCACAAUCAGGAUCCAUUUGCAGGCAAUAUGCAUUGUUCCUCAGACAGACCACCUCAUCAUCUCUCUUAUCUGUAGUGUGCUUUGACUGCUCCUGUUGUGGUUUUAUUUAUGGUGGCUUUAUUACUUUCAAUGCACUUUAUGGUCACAACUGUGUAGAUUCAGUACGUUCUGCUACGUGCCACCGUUUGAUUCUUCGUAUUUGAGAAGUCAGCUGAAGCCGAUCUCAAACCAAAACCACUAUGUAAAACCAAUGCUGUUUUUAGGUUAUGACAGUAGCACUGCUAGAGGAGGUAGCAAAUCACUGUGUUUUGGAGGGCAGGGCUGCUAAACUCCACAGCACCAUCCCUGUGCUGUCGGAGAACACUGUUUCAGAUGAUCCCCUCAAAACCUUAAGAAACCCUUGCAGACUUGCAUAGUUUGUUUUCCACAUUACCAUUUCAAAGACCUGUUGUAUUAUUUCCCCAAUGUAAUAUAUUGUGAAUUAUAUUAAAAGAUUUUAAACAUGA